AUGUUGAAGGAAAUUAUUACAAGAUGUGAAGUCUCAUCCCACGAUUCCCCUGAUGACUGCUGGAUUAUCAUUCGCAACAUCGUUUAUGAUAUCACAGAGUUUCUUCAAGAACAUCAAGGAGGAAUGGAAAUUCUCAUAGAAUAUGCCGGCUCAGAUGCUACAGAAGCUUUUGAGAGCGUCGGACAUUCAGUUAAGGCUCGUAUGAUAAUGGAAAAGUACGCAGUCGGAGUUCUCCCAGAGGACCAAAAGUCUCAUUACGGUGUAGAAUAUGUAUCUCAUGCUAAGAAGCUCCUGUGUCCAGUACAUUUGGUUGCUUAA